AUGGCGGGUUGCGUACCUACGAAAUCCCCCACAGCGAAUCCGUUCGGCCAAUUCUCCAAUCAAUCGUUGUCUUUCUUACCUACAGCGCUGGAUGAUAUACCGAGGGACGACUCUGCUUGUGAAAAUAUAUUGGAUUGGGAUUAUAGAGAUCAACAGGCGGAAUUAUUACAAGCAGGAUUUCAGAGUCGACAGACCAAAAACUACAACGGGAGCUUAGAUCAGUACACAGGGACAGUCCCGAAAAAAGCGCCAACCACGGAACGGAAACGCUUUAAUCGCACGGAGGAGCGAGUGCAGCUACUUCAGCUAUACUUCAUCCAAGUCGACCCGAUUGUGAAGAUUUUGCAUUGGCCAUCCCUUCAGGCAUAUCUGUUGGCAGGAAAACCUUACCUACAUUAUGACUCCUGCCAUCCGGCACCUGCGGCACUGGCGUCAGCCAUCUACUAUGCGGCCACGUGUACUAUGAGCUCGGAGACCUGCCUUUCCUGCUUUGGUGUGGACAAGGGCACCAUGAUAUCAAAGUAUAAGAGGGACAAUCGCUGCGCUCUUGAGCAUGCAGACUAUCUGUCCACGGAUGACCUCACGGUUCUUCAAUCUAUUGUCAUUUCACUAGUCGCCAUGAGAUGUCACGACCAUACUCGACAUUCCUGGACGAUGCUUGCGCUAGCCUUACGGAUUGCCCAUACUCUCUCCCUCGAUAAUCCCAGUACCGCCUCCUAUGUUUACCCGUUCGAAAGGGAGAUACGGUGUCGGUUAUGGCACGCGAUUCGCUGGCUAGACGUUCAGGAAUCCCUGAACGGUGCGUCCGAGCCAAUGUUACGUUCAAGUUUGUUCGAUUUCCAGUUUAAGCCUGCGAUAGGCGAAGUGGAACUUGAUACGGAUUGUGAAGUCCAUACACCCUCAAUUCGACUGCUCCCAGAGGCGACUCUGUUCAAGGUCAUUUCAUACGCCCAGGAGACGGCUCGGCAUCUAACAGUCUCGACCUCUACGUCAUUGUAUACCGAGGGUAGGGCUGGGCUACAAGAGUCGGUUAGAGCAUUCAAGGAACGUACCGAUGAACAGUUGGUGGGACUUCAACCGGACACGGUUGAUUUCCAUUGGUACCUGAGGGAGCUUGCGUAUUCAAUUGGAGUCUUCUUGCGACUUCUUGCAGUACGCCCAGUUGAUAUAGACGACCUGUCCUGUGGUUCUCCGACUUCCAGUGGCUUCGUCUUGAAACUGGCUGUGGAGGCCCUUGAGUCGAGGUUUCGGGUAUAUAAUAGCACGAGAAGUUAUGCUUGGCGGUGGCUUCAACCCCUUUUCUUCCCUUGGCAAGCACUUGCCAUCACGCUCGCUGAAAUCCGAACUUGCGAUGACCGACUUCUCAUCAAUCGGAUAUGGCCCAUUGUUGAGCAAAGUUAUACAUCAUUUAUGAACCUCGAUAUGGAGUCACCAGCUUGUCGCCUACGAAAACCAGUGGAGACCCUGAUGGAGCAGGCCAAGCGUAAGGUCUACGACAUCAUGUUACCGUUCCCCCCUCUCAAUGAAAGUGACUCUGCUGGGCCGGGGUGUCUUCCCUUGUCCACUACGCCUCAGUACAACGUUGUAGGUCCCCCUGAAAAUGUGCCGUUGGCCGCAGAUAGCUCGUCCGUUUGCAUCGCCAGUCACCCACCACCCUCCGAUUUAAGUACUACCGAAUGGGACUUCGCGGUGUUGGCCGAGAAUAUCGGACUGAACGAGUUUGAUCUCACUUGCCUUGGCCCCAAUUUCGAUUUCGAAGGUACAUCUACAUUCGCAUGA